AUGUCUCGAUUUAGUAGAGUGUCAGUGCAGUUAGAGGACGCCAGUCCGGAUGUGUGUGUGGCGGCCUUUAAAAAUGGGCUCAGAUGCGGCUCAUUGAACAAAGAUUUAACUAGGCGGCCUGCGAAGGAUAUGAUGGAUUUGCGUGCACGGGUACAAGAGUUUAUCUUGGUUGAACAGGAUGAGCAAACUAAAAAAGAUAGGGACGACUGGCGAGCUCAACCAGAUGUUCCAUCAGAAAAAGGUCGCGCUCCUAAAGAUCAACGACCUGCUCAGACACCACGCCAGCCAAGGCCAGCGCCCUAUCCAGCAGGGAGGCAGGGGCCACAAAGUAACACUUGGCAUCGGAACAGUCAACCCGCUUCGGUGAAUCCGGCGGCCCAAGGGGGACAUGCUCCCGCCCAGGGUCAUCAAACCAAAUUAAACGCUUCUCUCAGCACAAUACUGCGGGCAGUAGGGCAAACUAAUGUGGUUCAGUACCCAAGGCCACCCAGGCGGCCUCCUGCGAACGUGGACACAACAAAGUGGUGUGAAUUCCAUAAAGCCAUGGGACACAAUACAGAUAAUUGCUGGACUUUGCGCAAGGAGAUUGAACGACUGAUCAAGGCGGGGCAUUUGUCCAAUUUUGUCUCACGAGACAAUACACAGCUUGAUGCAGUCAAGAACAAGGGCGGUGAUUCGGCAAAGGGAAAGGAGGUCAUUGAGGAGUUAGGGGCACCCGCCGGAUCUUGCUUGUCAAUCGCAGGGGGAUUUAGCGGUGGGCGCAUAUCUAGCAAGGGAAGGAAAAGAUAUGUGGAGGCAGUGAACUCGGUUCACCACGCUUACGAGGGGGAAUGUUGGCUGAACCAUACUCCAAUUACUUUUUCGCCAAAGGAUUUUGAUCAUGUGAUUCCACAUGAUAACGAUCCAAUAGUGGUGACUCUGCGCGUAAAUAACUAUGUUACCAAGAAAGUUUUUCUCGACCAAGGCAGUUCUGCUGACAUCAUAUAUGGUGAUGCAUUUGAAAGAUUGGGCUUAAAGGAGUCGGACUUAAAGCCAUAUACGGGGUGUCUAGUUGGAUUCACAGGCGAUCGGGCCAAGGUCCGAGGCUACGUGGAGUUGGACACUGCUUUUGGUGAGGGUGAAUAUGUGAAGAAAUUUCAAGUAAAGUAUUUGGUUCUUCCGUGUAAGGCGACGUAUAAUGUGCUUCUAGGGCGUGAUACUUUGAACAAAAUAUGUGCAAUAAUUUCAACCGCCCAUUUAACAGUAAAGUAUCCAGCUUGCAAUGGAAAGGUGGGAAUUCUAAGGGUGGAUCAAGAGGCCGCCCGAGCAUGUUAUGCACAAAGUCUGGAACUUUAUGGCAAGAGGGCAGCCAAGGAAGCACAUCGCGUCACGGAAAUUUUUCCACAUGAGAAUUUCAAUUUGGAUCCUCGUGAUGACUCAGAGGAGUUGAGACCUCAGCCGGCGGAAGAAACCAAAUCGGUUCACUUAUCUGGGCGUGCUUUGAAAAUUGGAAGCACCUUGUCAAAGGAACAAGAGGACCGAUUGGUCGAGUUACUCAAAAAUAAUUUGGACUUAUUCGCAUGGACAAUUAAGGAUGUUCCAGGCAUUGAUCCCAACGUUAUAUCCCAUCAUUUAUCAAUCCGGCCAGGAGCAAAACCUGUUAUACAAGCUCGUAGGCGGAUGGGCGAGGAGAGGGACAAGGCAGUACAGAUAGAAACUCAAAAGUUGCUUGAAGGAAAGUUCAUUAGAGAAGUUCAAUAUCCGACAUGGUUGGCAAAUGUUGUUAUGGUGCGAAAGGCUAAUGGCAAAUGGAGAAUGUGUACAGAUUACAGAAGUUUAAACAAAGUUUGCCCAAAAGACUCUUAUCCGCUCCCAAAUGUGGACAAAUUGGUAGAUGGGGCGUCCGGUAAUGAACUGCUCAGUUUGAUGGAUGCAUAUUCCGGAUACAACCAAAUAAUGAUGUAUCGCCCUGAUGAGGAGAAAACGGCGUUCAUGACAAGAAGAAACAUGGAAGUAUAUGUGGAUGACAUGAUUGUUAAAACUGUCAAAGGGGGCGCCCAUCAUGAAGACUUGGCGGAAGCGUUUGCACAGAUCCGGAAGUACAAUAUGAGGUUGAAUCCAGAAAAAUGUUCCUUUGGAAUUUUAGGUGGCAAGUUUCUAGGAUUCAUGGUCACGUCAAGAGGGAUCGAGGUUAAUCCAGACAAAUGCAAAGCUAUAGUAAACAUGAAAAGCCCAUCUAAUAUUCGUGAAGUCCAGAGAUUAACAGGACGAUUGGCGGCCUUAUCUCGUUUUUUGCCAAAAGCAGGUGAUAGGGCAGCGCCAUUCUUUGCGUGUUUGAAAAAGAAUGUAACUUUUCAGUGGAUGGGGGCGUGCGAGGAGGCCUUCCAGCAGCUUAAGGAGUUAUUGGCUUCACCCCCUAUGCUAGCUAAGCCAACGCCCGGGAUUCCUUUAAUUCUCUACUUGGCGGUUACCGAGGCGGCGGUUAGCACAAUCUUGCUUCAAGAGGAAAACAAGCAGUAUAAAAUCAUAUACUUCGUUAGUCACACGCUGCAAGGGGCGGAAGCGCGUUACCAAAAAAUAGAAAAGGUGGCUCUAGCAAUACUAAAGACGGCCAGGCGACUGCGGCCAUACUUUCAGAGUUUCCAUAUAAAGGUCAAGACAGAUAUUCCCUUGAGGCAAGUUUUGCAAAAGCCUGAUUUGUCAGGGCGACUAGUGAGUUGGUCGGUCGAGCUGUCGGAAUAUGACAUUAGCUAUGAACCAAGAGGACAAGUCACGAUCCAGAGUCUGAUUGACUUUGUGGCGGAGUUAACACCCACAGAGGGUGACAAAGAAAAUGCAGAAUGGGUACUCUCGGUGGAUGGCUCAUCCAAUGAAUCAGGAAGUGGUGCAGGUGUGUCGAUCGAAAGUCCAGACAAAAUGCUGAUUGAGCAAUCACUUAAGUUUGGAUUCAGGGCGAGCAAUAAUCAGUCUGAGUAUGAAGCAUUAAUAGCAGGUUUGAGACUCGCCAUUGAAUUAGGAGUGCAAAAACUGUAUAUAAAGGGUGACUCUCAGAUGGUAGUGAAGCAAGUACGCGGUGAAUAUCAAGUGAAGGAUCCACAAUUGUACAAGUACCUAGAAAUUGUUCAAAGGCUUAUGCAGGCGAUUGGACAUGUAAGGAUCGAGCACAUACCAAGAAGUCAAAACGAGCGUGCGGAUGCACUGGUUAAACUAGCUAGCACUGGGCGCCUCGGAAACUAUCAAACUGUAAUACAAGAAGUUUUGCCUCAUCCAAGUACACAUGGCAGUGCACCGCACGUGGAACGCCUCUAG